GAAACGCUCGUAGUCACAAAGGGGGGAACACGUGGGCGCAGAUUGCCCGGGCGGCUGUCGCAGGGAUCUAGGGUCACCGGGAGGACCGCCCACCAUCCCCGCCCGCCGGACGCCUCAGCCCCGGCUGCCAGGCCCGUCUAACUUCGGCCGGCGCCCGGCUAUGAGGUGGAUGCCCGGCUCUGUGUGACCAUCUCCCUCCAGUAGGGUUUUUCCACCUCGUUCGGACUUCCUGCACAACCAUGUCCAUUCUCUACGUCUCUCCUCACCCCGAUGCCUUCCCCAGCCUCCGAGCCCUCAUAGCUGCCCGCUACGGCGAGGCUGGGGAGGGUCCAGGAUGGGGAGGAGCCCACCCCCGCGUCUGUCUUCAGCCGCCCCCGGCCAGCAGGACUCCCUUUCCCCCACCCCGCCUGCCCGCCCUGGAGCAGGGGCCCGGUGGGCUCUGGGUGUGGGGAGCCACGGCCGUGGCCCAGCUGCUGUGGCCAGCAGGCCUGGGGGGCCCUGGAGGUAGUCGGGCCGCUGUCCUUGUCCAGCAGUGGGUCAGUUACGCAGACACGGAGCUAAUACCAGCUGCCUGUGGGGCAACGCUGCCAGCUUUGGGACUCCGAAGCUCUGCCCAGGACCCCCAGGCUGCGCUGGGGGCCCUGGGCAGGGCCCUGAGCCCCUUGGAAGAAUGGCUUCGGUUGCACACUUACCUGGCUGGGGAGGCCCCGACUCUGGCUGACCUGGCAGCUGUCACAGCCUUGCUGCUGCCAUUCCGUUACGUCCUGGAUCCCUCUGCCCGGCGGAUCUGGGGCAAUGUGACCCGCUGGUUUAUCACCUGUGUCCAGCAGCCAGAAUUCCGGGCCGUGCUGGGAGAGGUGGUUCUGUUCUCAGGGACCAGGCCUGCCUCCCAACAGCCAGGCCCCGAGGUCUCUGCACCCACAAAGACAGCUGCUCAACUCAAGAAAGAGGCAAAAAAGCGGGAGAAGUUAGAGAAAUUCCAACAGAAGCAGAAGAUCCAACAGCAGCAGCCACCCCCUGGGGAGCAGAAGAAACCAAAACCAGAGAAGAGGGAGAAGAAACGGGAUCCUGGGGUCAUUACCUAUGACCUCCCAACCCCCCCUGGGGAGAAGAAAGACGUCAGUGGCACGAUGCCUGACUCCUACAGCCCUCAGUACGUCGAAGCUGCCUGGUACCCUUGGUGGGAGCGGCAGGGCUUCUUCAAGCCCGAGUAUGGGCGUUCCAGCGUGUCGGCCCCCAACCCCCGGGGCACCUUCAUGAUGUGCAUCCCGCCCCCCAACGUGACAGGCUCCCUGCACCUGGGCCACGCGCUCACCAACGCCAUCCAGGACUCCCUGACCCGAUGGCACCGCAUGCGCGGCGAGACCACCCUGUGGAACCCGGGCUGUGACCAUGCGGGCAUCGCCACCCAGGUGGUGGUGGAGAAGAAGCUCUGGCGCGAGCAGGGGCUGAGUCGGCACCAGCUGGGCCGCGAGGCCUUUCUGCGCGAGGUCUGGAAGUGGAAGGAGGAGAAAGGUGACCGGAUUUACCACCAGCUGAAGAAGCUCGGCAGCUCCUUGGACUGGGAUCGGGCCUGUUUCACCAUGGAUCCCAAACUGUCAGCAACCGUGAUCGAGGCCUUCGUCCGGCUCCACGAGGAAGGUGUCAUCUAUCGCAGUACCCGCCUUGUCAACUGGUCCUGCACCCUCAACUCUGCCAUCUCGGACAUCGAGGUGGAUAAGAAGGAGCUGACGGGCCGCACGUUGCUGUCCGUGCCUGGUUACAAGGAGAAGGUGGAGUUUGGGGUCCUCGUCUCCUUUGCCUACAAGGUCCAAGGCUCAGACAGCAACGAGGAGGUGGUGGUGGCAACAACUCGGAUCGAGACCAUGCUGGGAGACGUGGCUAUAGCUGUGCACCCCGAAGACCCCAGAUACCAGCACCUGAAGGGGAAGAGCGUGGUCCACCCAUUCGUGUCCCGGAGCCUCCCCGUCAUCUUCGAUGAUUUUGUGGACAUGGAGUUUGGCACAGGUGCGGUGAAGAUCACCCCCGCACACGACCAGAACGACUACGAGGUUGGGCAGCGGCACGGGCUGGAGGCCGUCAGCAUCAUGGACGCGCGAGGGGCACUUGUCAACGUGCCCCCACCUUUUCUGGGUCUGCCCAGGUUCGAGGCCAGAAAGGCUGUGCUGGCGGCGCUAAAGGAGCGGGGACUCUUCCGCGGCGUUGAGGACAACCCCAUGGUGGUGCCGCUUUGCAACCGCUCCAAGGACGUGGUGGAGCCCCUGCUGCGGCCCCAGUGGUACGUGCGCUGUGGGGAGAUGGCCCAGGCCGCCAGCGCUGCCGUGACGAGGGGCGACCUCCGCAUCCUGCCGGAAGCCCACCAGCGGACGUGGCAUGCCUGGAUGGACAACAUCCGGGACUGGUGCAUCUCCCGGCAGCUGUGGUGGGGCCACCGCAUCCCGGCCUAUUUUGUCACCGUCAGCGACCCGGCUGUCCCCCCAGGGGAGGACCCUGAUGGGCGGUACUGGGUCAGUGGGCGCACCGAGGCCGAGGCUCGCGAGAAGGCAGCCAAGGAGUUUGGAGUGUCCCCAGACAAGAUCAGUCUCCAGCAAGAUGAAGAUGUACUGGACACUUGGUUCUCCUCCGGCCUCUUCCCCUUCUCCAUCCUGGGCUGGCCCAACCAGUCAGAAGAUCUGAGUGUGUUCUACCCCGGGACACUGCUGGAGACGGGCCAUGACAUCCUCUUCUUCUGGGUGGCCAGGAUGGUCAUGCUCGGUCUGAAGCUCACUGGCAAGCUUCCCUUCAGGGAGGUCUACCUCCACGCCAUCGUGCGGGAUGCCCAUGGCCGGAAGAUGAGCAAGUCUCUGGGCAACGUCAUCGACCCCCUGGACGUUAUCCACGGCGUCUCCCUGCAGGGCCUGCACAACCAGCUGGUGAACAGCAACCUGGAUCCCAGUGAGAUGGAGAAGGCCAAAGAGGGGCAGAAGGCAGAUUUCCCAGCGGGGAUCCCCGAGUGCGGCACCGACGCUCUCCGCUUUGGACUGUGCGCCUACACCUCGCAGGGCCGUGAUAUCAACCUGGAUGUGAACCGGAUACUGGGGUACCGCCAUUUCUGCAACAAGCUCUGGAACGCCACCAAGUUUGCCCUCCGUGGCCUUGGGAAGGGUUUCGUCCCCUCUGCCACCUCCGAGCCUGGAGGCUGCGAGAGCCUGGCGGACCGCUGGAUCCGUAGCCGGCUGACUGAGGCCGUGAGGCUCAGCAACCAGGGUUUCCAGGCCUACGACUUCCCGGCCAUCACCACCGCCCAGUACAGCUUCUGGCUCUACGAGCUCUGUGACGUCUACCUGGAGUGCCUGAAGCCUGUGCUGAACGGGGUGGACCAGGUGGCGGCCGAGAGCGCCCGCCAGACCCUCUACACCUGCUUGGACAUCGGCCUGCGGCUGCUCUCACCUUUCAUGCCCUUUGUGACCGAGGAGCUGUUUCAGAGGCUGCCCCGGCGGACGCCGCAGGCCCCCCCUAGCCUCUGUGUCACCUCCUACCCGGAGCCUUCAGAGUGCUCCUGGAAGGACCCCGAGGCAGAGGCCGCCUUCGAGCUGGCCCUGAGCAUCACUCGAGCUGUGCGCUCCCUCCGUGCUGACUACAACCUCACCCGGAUCCGGCCUGACUGUUUCCUGGAAGUGGCUGAUGAGGCCACGGGUGCCCUGGCAUCGGCAGUGUCAGGCUAUGUGCAGACGCUGGCCAGCGCUGGUAUAGUAGCUGUUCUGGCUCUGGGGGCUUCUGCACCCCAGGGCUGUGCCGUGGCCCUGGCCUCUGACCGCUGCUCCGUCCACCUGCAGCUGCAGGGGCUGGUAGACCCAGCCCGGGAGCUGGGCAAACUGCAGGCCAAGCGUGACGAGGCGCAGCGGCAGGCCCAGCGUCUGCAGGAGCGCCGUGCCGCCUCCAGCUACUCUGUCAAGGUGCCCCUCAAAGUCCAGGAGGCAGAUGAAGCUAAGCUCCAGCAGACGGAAGCAGAGCUCAGGAAGGUGGAGGAGGCCAUCGCCCUAUUUCAGAAGAUGCUGUGAUAGACUCACCUCCAGCCCUCAUGACCCCCAGUGGUCCACCGUGGGGAUGGCAGCAAUAAAAUAUUUUGCCACAAAA